AUGACGGAACUUGACGCUUGUGCAACUUUGAAUGGUUGGAAUGAAAAUGAGAAAGGUUUAUACUUAUCUGUAUCCUUACGAGGCCAAGCUCAAGGAGUGUUCGGAAAUUUGACAUCAAAGACACACAAUUAUGAGGAACUUGUGAGAGCACUCGAAGAUAGAUUUUCACCAAGAAAUCAGACUGAGUUAAUUAGAGUUCAGUUGAGAGAUAGACAUCAAAAAGCUACUGAAUCAAUGGCUGAACUUGGACAAGAUGUUCGUCGUCUUGCAAACUUGGCGUACCCUCAUGCUCCUAUAGAUGUUCGUGACACUUUAGCUAAAGAACAAUUCAUUGAUGCACUUGUAAAUUCAGACAUGCGUCUCAAGAUAAAACAAGCUAGACCCAUUGAUUUGAAUGAUGCAUAUGGUGUUUGUAAUGAUGUUAUUAGAAAUACAAUGAAAUUGAUAGGGCAUAUUGUUAAUUUAUAUUGUACCGGUAAAAUAGGGUGCUUUGGCAUUGAUCUAUCCGAUGAAGUCGAUAAAUCUUCUGAAUCUACGACUGUCAAAUGUAGAGAGACAGGACCAGAAGUAAAGCAGAAAGAUAAUGUUCAAGUAGAAACAAAAAGAAAACAACGUAAAAAUCGAGAUAGGGCUAAGCAUUAUGAAAGUUCUAUUUUAAGUACUUCAAUGGCGGGGACAAAGACAAGCGAAAGAAAAGGAGGCAGUGUGAAAAAUGAAAACCAGAUUAUGCGACCACUGUGCCCUGUAUGUAAGACGAGCAUUCCGAAGACUGUUAACUUCGAAGGACAUAUAACUGAAUGUAGAAAGAGUCAUGAAAAGAGAAGAACCUGCACAAGAUGUAAUGUUUAUCCAUAUUUAAGAAGUUUAUGCAGACGACUUGGUGUCGAUUUUGGUACAGUGGACAUGAGGUGGGGAGUGACAAAAGAGGCCACGCUGGAUCACAGUACAGUAGAUAUGUGCGUCAACGAAAUACAUAGAUGUGUUAAAGACAGUGUUGGUCCGGCUUUUUUGUGCCUGAUGGGUCACAAGUACGGAUAUAGGCCUCUGCCUGCACAAAUAGAGCAAUCGGAGUUAGAUACUCUUCUACAUCAUCUGCAACUAACUGGGCAAGAUACUUCGAUGAUUAAAAGCUUCUAUUCACUCGACAAUAAUGCGGUCCCGUCUGAAUUUGUACUAAAACCUCAAGCGGAAGACAAUAAAACAUGGUGGGACGACGUUGAAACAAUUCAGAAUCAGCUGCGAGAAGCCUCCGCCGCUUGCUUUGGCAAAGAAAACGCGAAAUAUGACAAAUACCAUAUAUCUGUGACCGAAACUGAAAUACAUGAGGGUGUUUUUAACAAUCAAAACGCUAAAGAUCAAGCUAUUUUCAUACGUCGAGAUCUCGCGAGAUUUGAUUCGGAAUUUCACAAAGAUCGUAAAAUCCUUGAUCUUGUAGGGAAAGAAGUUGACAAAUAUGCCCAUGACAAACUUGCAGAACUCAGGGAAAAGAAGAUAACCAGUAAGGUUCAUCCCGACACUGUAAGAGAUAUGAAAUAUGAAGAAGGAAAACCAACACAGAUUACUGAUCAAAUAAGAGAUUUGUGUGAGCAUGUUUGUAAAACUAUGGCUGAUGGAAUUCUGGAAAGCUACGAAAAGCGGCUUCAUGUUGAAGAGGAUAGGGUAUUUCAAGAAGCAUUGCAACACAGAACCCAUGCAAACGAGAAAGCUGGUUUAUUUGUUGGGAGGGAACACGAAAUUGGAAUGAUAUCAGAUUAUCUUCACUCAGAGUCAUUAACGCCGCUUGUUGUUCACGGUCAAUCUGGUUGUGGGAAAACGGCAUUAAUGGCCGUUGCUGCAAGAAAAGCAAAAGACGUUUUUCACAAUGCUGUAGUAGUUCUUCGUUUCCUGGGUACAACCGGACAAACAGCAUCCGCUCGGCUACUACUGCUGAACGUGUGUGCGCAGAUCACUCGUGUUUUCGACAAAGAUUUGUCAGCCAUACCUACAUCUUACAAAGACCUCGUGAAAUACUUCCGUACCUGCCUUGCAUUUGCUACAUCAGAUAAACCUGUCUUAGUGUUUCUUGAUUCAUUAGACCAGUUGAAUAAUGAAGACUUUGGACAAAAUUUAGCGUGGCUUUCGUUAUCCGCGGAUUUGCCUCCGAAUGUUAGAUUGGUGGUAUCAUCUCUACCAACCCGUUCUUUAGAUAUUCUUAAAUCUCAUCUGAAGGACGCUGUAUUUGUUGAAGUUAAGCAAUUGUCCAUAAAUGAAGGACCUGAAAUUCUAAACAAAAUGCUCGAAGCGAAACACCGCCGUGUGACUGAAUCUCAGAAAUCUCUUAUCAUUAAUGCUUUCAAGAAGUGUCCUUUGCCUUUGUUUUUGCGUCUGGUUGUUGACAUUGCUGAACGUUGGAAAUCGUUUGAACACGUAGACUCUGAUGCAUUAGCAGACGACAUGCCUGGCCUGAUUACUAAGUUGUUUGAUCGACUAGAAUCUCGUUAUGGUGACAUGUUUGUGCACCAUUCUCUAGGUUACAUAACUGCUUCUAAGAAUGGUUUAUCACUUGCUGAGCUAGAGGACAUACUAUCAUGUGAUGACGAAGUUUUGGACAGUAUUUUCAAGUGGUGGACACCACCAAUUAGGCGUAUACCUCCACUUCUAUGGGCGAGGGUAAGAAACGAGCUUGGCAUUUAUCUCUCAGAGAAAGGCACCGAUGGAAUAAGCGCCUAUGGAUGGUACCAUAGGCAGUUCUGGGAAACAGCCGAGAAAAGAUACAUCCAAAGGCCUUACAAUAAAGAUAAACAAAACUUUGGCGAGAAAGCCCACACAGCUAUUGCAAACUACUUUGAAGGUAAAUGGGAUAACGGAAAACUGUAUACUAACAAAGGAGAGACGAAAAAUGAAGAUAGAAAAAUAGCUAAACAGCCUCUUAUUUUGGGUGGACUAAAUCGUGAGACGAAACGACAGCUUAAUAGGAGGAAACUCACAGAGCUGCCAUAUCAUCUUAUACAACUGAAAGAAUGGGACCGGUUUAAAAAGCUCGUAUUAGAUCUAGAGUAUGCCGAGGCAAAGUUUGAAGCUGGUGACGGUUACAAUUGUCUUAGUGAACUUAUAGAAGCUACAAAACGAUCUGCGUGUGAAGAUAUCAAGAGAAUAACUCGGUUUGUUGGAUCAAAUCUAGGGUUUUUGAUAAGAGAACCGUCCGGGGUUUAUCAGAUGGCUUUACAGCAGGCAAGGGGAAGUUGCAUACGAGAAUUGUUGGACGUGUUGAACAAGGAAAGUUUACCAAUGCCUCUGAUGGUAAAUCUACACGAAUCUGACUAUGACGACCCUUGUGAAAUGACCAUGCAUGGACAUACCGCGACGCUUCGAUGCUGCAACUUUUCACCUACAGGGGAUCUUAUUCUAUCUUCGGCUGACGACUGUACUAUGCGGGUCUGGGAUGCAACAACAGGGGCUGAGAUAGUGACUAUUACGUCACUUCCGGAACCAAUAUUUCCGGAUGAAAGUGAAGGCAUGCAGCUGAUGUUACAUCCAGUAAAUCCUUCGUGUUUCUCACGCACUGGUGAAAAUAUAGCAAAUGGUACAGAGUUAGGUGAAGUCAUGCUUUGGGAUAAAUCCGGUGUUCAGUUAUGCUCUCAGAGCACGGGUAAUAAGGCGGUGGUGUAUAUACAAUUCUCCCCAGACAAUCGUCACAUCGCCACGGCCUUCAAAAACAGUGUUCUCUCAAUUUGGUCGUCUGCAGACUUGAAUCUCGUGAAAACGGUUAAUAUCGACUGGUAUGAUUUGACAUGUCUGGACUUUUCUAGGGACGGAAAGAAACUGGCUGUGAUGAGCACGAGAG